CUAGAUUUGGUGGCCAUGAUUUAUUUUCCAAAACUGUUACUUUGAGAUUUAUAUGAGAAUAAAGAGAAGUAUUUUCCGAAACUCUCAAUGGUGCAUGGGAUUUGUGAUUCAUCUGUUAUAUUGUGUUCUAGGGUUGAUUUGAUCUUUUGGCAUGGAAUAAUUGGAAAGCUAAAUAGACGUGUACCAUGUCUACUAAAACCACUAGAAGGCGUCAACAUCACGGGGAGAUUGAUGAUAGCAAAGACGAGCAUUUGAACACUUCCCAGUCAGAUUCUCUAAGAGAGACUCUUCUUGCAGAGUAUGAUUCUAAUGAUAGACAUCUUGAGGAUUCCAGUCAGAAGAGUCAACAAAAGAUUUGGGAUCAGAAACAGAGAGAGCCUUUCUGCAUGACUUGUAUCUCACAGUUUGUGAAUAGCUGCAUAAGAUGGAUAGCUAGUAUUGUUGUCAACUCUGGUUCAAUUCUUGGAAGGCUACUAUGUCUGCAGUCGGUGAAUCAAUGUGGAAAAUUUGAUGAGAAGAUUUUGUUUUCCCUUAGUCCUCUACAGGAGGAAAGAUUGCAGUAUUUAAAGAAGAGACUGGAUGUUUCAUUUGAUAUUUCUCGUUUUGAUCAUCAGGUUGCUCUGAAGCAGCUAUGGAAACUGGCUUAUCCACAGCGUGAACUUCCUCCUAUCAAAUCAGAAAAAUGGAAGGAUAUGGGUUGGCAAAGUGCAGAUCCAUCAACAGAUUUCAGGAGUGCUGGAUUUUUAUCCUUAGAAAAUCUCAUCUUCUUUGCCAUGCAUUAUCCAGAAUCCUUCCAAAGGAUUUUACACAAACAGGAUGGAAAGAGGUCUGAAUUCGAGUAUCCAUUUGCAGCAGCUGGUGUCAAUAUAUCUUUCAUGCUUACCCAGAUGUUGGGGCUGCAACCAGAUUCCCAAACAACUAUACCCGGAAGUCAUUUUCUUGAACUACUAGAGCUUGAUGAUAUGGCAUUUGAUCGUCUUUAUUGUGUCGCAUUUCAGCUUCUAGACUCUCUAUGGCUUUCUAAACAUGCAACUUAUAUGGAAUUCAAUGAGAUUCUGAAAUCUACACGAGCACAAUUGGAGAAAGAGCUGUUGCAGGAAAGUGUAUCCAGGAUUGAGGAUUUGCCAGCAUACCGACUUUUAAAUAGGUAGUAGCUUGUUUUCUAUGAUAAUUGCAAGGCAGAUAUUCUUUUUAUUGUAACGAUGAUUUCAUAAUUUAUUGAAAAAAAAGAAUUUUUUUUAAUAUUAUUAGAUUUGUUCAUGGCUCAUGCAUGUCAUAUAUUUGUCAAACUCCUGAAAAUACAAUUGUUAGUUAUUCAAAAUUUGGAUAAUUCAGUGUUAA